UGAUGAUCACGCAUUACACAAUCCACUAAUUUUCCAUGAUCUUCCACAUCCCUCCUCAUUUAACCAUGUUACAUAUUGGUAGUAGAUCAUGGCGCCCUGAUUGGCCCGCCCCAGCUAAAAAUAAAAUAACAUGUUAGAAAAAUUUGUUGCCCGUCUUUUCUCUGCUGUCCUGCGGGAAAGCGAAGAACGCCUCGAAGUUUGGUUUUACGAAUUCGUCAGUGGGAUUCUCCCGUUUCCAGGAGAUCAAUGGAAUUUUGAUAUGUGGAUUUGGGCACCGUUCUGGUUUCUGCUUUGGAUUGGAUCGAAUCGCAGCCGAACGGUGGUGUGGCUGAUCGUUUUAGGUUGGGAUUUUUCUUUUCUUGCUUUGGGCCGGUGUCGCGCGUCCUGUACCCAGUGUUUCUGUACAUAGUACAUCUCAG